GAGAAGAGAUCAUUGGAGCCAUAUAUGGCGCUCGACAAUGGCGACGGAAGAGCACACGCACCUAUAAAGACCAAGUGAAGACGGAUCCCUAAACUAUGGACGAAGAAAGCGCGGACGAGCAAGCACUGCCAAGGAGGAGAGGUGGCACUAGUGGACGUGCGGGUAGGGGAAGAGAAAGAAGGCAAAAUACACCAAGGGGUCCCUCAAGGAUUACAGCUGGUACACUAAGAGACAUGAAAUCUCAGGAUCCUGCUGAAGUACUCACCCGGCUGAGCAGACCCAACAGUGGACUGAUGGAGUUUCUGAAGCAGCAGGAUCUCAGCGUCGAUGGAACCAAAUUAGCCCUAGCCGCACUAAGUAAGGCCUGUCUGUGUGAAUCAAUGCCCGAGGGAUUGAAUACGAUGAUCAUGACCGUCCUCCUCACACCAUUUUUAGAAUCUACUUUACUUCGUCUCCUCACUCAGCUGAUUAUGGAACCACGUGGCGACAAUGGUGUGGUCAGAGACUGUUUGCCACUUAUGAAGGAGAUGCUGAGUAAAAUGCCAACAGAAGGUUGGGGCAAAGUUCAGACGAUUGCUGUCUUAGUGCAGAGCCUAUGGGAGAAAGGUGGCAUGAAAGACGAAGAUCUCAAUAAAAACAUGCUUGAAGUUUCCGACCUCCUCCUGAAGUCUAAACCCCCUCCUCCGACACCAGCAGAAGGAGCAACAGGUGGCCCAGGUGUCAAUGCACAGAAUGAAAACCAACCACCGCCUGAGAACUUUCGUGAACUACCAAUUAUUCCUCGGAAAGAUGAAUUGGAUGGGACAACGGAAGUUUUUCUUCUCCCAAAUAAAGUGGAAGGUCCUUUUAGGGACCUUGAACAUUAUCUUGAAUGCCAGUUUCGUCUUUUCCGAGCAGAUGUAAUCAUACCACUGAAACAAAAUAUUGUCGACUUUCAAACUGUUUCUGAAAACACGUCAGUUGGAUACAGGAUCUACACAGAUGUUCAGAUUAUCAGACCUGUUUGCACACACAAUGGUCUUGGGUACAGGCUUGCCUUUGAUACCAAACCGCUACGACGUGUUAACUGGGAUGCAACAAGGAGGCUGUUAUUUGGGUCACUACUUUGCUUGUCCUCAGACAAUUUCAAAGAUAACAUUUUCUUUGCCACAGUUGAUCAAAGGGAGAAGGAAAACCUAAAGAAUGGACUUGUUGAUGUGCAGUUCAUCUCCCAGUAUGAUGAGGUGGCACGGAUAACUCGGGACGAAAGGUUUGCAAUGGUGGAGUCUCCUGCCUACUUUGAAUCCUACAGAUAUAUACUAGAGGGAAUGAAAGAUCUCACAGACAGAAACUUUCCAUUCCAGCGGUACAUUGUCGAGUGUCAAAAUGAUGUUCAGAAACCGCGGUACUUGCGGGAACAACAACAUGCUCUGUAUGACUUGCGACCUCUUCUGGAUGACGAUCACAAAAUAACAGAUUUAGCGGACACUGCUAGUUCAGAUAGGGCUUUUCCAGCAGGAUCAGAUAUAGCAAAGGAUGUGAAUGUUGACGACAUUUCAACUUGGCCAAUGCCAGAUUUUCUACAUCUCAACGUCUCCCAGCAUACAGCUUUGAAAAAUGCCUUAAUGAGAGAAUUUGUUCUCAUACAAGGACCUCCAGGUACAGGCAAGACAUACCUUGGAAUCAAAAUCAUGAAGACUCUGCUCCAUAACUCACAAGUGUGGCUUCAAGGACAGGACAAUCUGCCAAUUCUUGUUGUAUGCUAUACCAACCAUGCAUUGGAUCAGUUCUUAGAAGGGAUUUUGAAGUUUUUCAAAGGUAGACUCAUACGCGUUGGUGCUCGAAGUAAGAGUGAAACCAUGCAAGAAUAUUCCUUGAAGAAUGCUAGGCAGAGAGUAAGAGAUCUUAGAUCCCUGCCUAUGACUGUUCAUGCAGGGAAACUGGAGACUCUAAGAGCAAUGGAGAGCCUGAAGGCAGAAAUUCAUACCACAGCAGCCAAACUUGAAGUGGCAGAGAGAGAAAUUUUGCAUGAACGUUGUUUGAAAGGCUUUAUGACAGAAGCCAUAGCAAGCUGCUUCACUGUUGGGAAUGACUAUGAAACUUGCCAGAUAGCUGUUUGGUUAGGGAUCAAGAAGCGAUUGUUUGAUAUUGAAGAUAGGGGUGAGUAUCUUCAACACGAACUGGAAGAGCGGAAGUUGGCAGAUGAAGGGGAGGAAGAAGAGUAUGAAGAAGAAGAAGAGAUGAUUAAUAUCGAAGUAAAUCACAGCCAGAGAAGGUUAGAGGAAGACUUGAUUGAUUCAGAUGAUGAAUAUGACUUCGAUGAUGUACUUACCAAAGCACAAUCAUUAGAUGCUGAUAUUCAGCAUGUUCGCAGGGAAUGCAUAGGGUUAAACAUAACUAACCUCGAUGCUUCCACAGUUACAAUGUUCAUGUCAAAACAACAGAAGAAAAUCCAGGAGGACAAACAGAGGCAGAAGAGAUCCCUGAAAGUCAGUCUCCGCGCGAAACUGCGUUCAACUGACAGAAUGACAUCACGCGAAGCUGUGAAUGUACAUAACAUCUGGAGACUGCACCUAAAAGACAGGUGGAGGUUGUACAGAUAUUGGGUGGAUGUGCUUUGUCGACAGGCCAAAGGUGAAAUCAGAGACAAAGAAGGUGAUUACAGGCGUCUGACUACACAAUACAAAGAGGUCUUAAUGCAAGAGGACAGAACCAUCCUUCAGAGCUGCUCCAUCAUAGGGAUGACAACAACAGGUGCAGCAAGAUACCAGAGGGUUCUGAACGAAAUUGGUCCCAAGAUUAUUGUUGUAGAAGAAGCAGCUGAAGUGCUUGAGGCUCAUGUUAUAGGCACUCUCAGUCGGCGAUGUCAACAUCUAAUUCUCAUUGGCGAUCACUUACAGCUCAGGCCAAAUCCAACUGUUCACAAGCUUGCAAAGAGGUACAACCUGGAAAUAUCCCUGUUUGAGAGGAUGGUGAACUCUGGUAUUCCACAUGAUACACUUCUUUGGCAACACAGAAUGCGCCCUGAAAUAGCGGACGUUGUUCGGCCACUCUAUAAGGAUCUGAAAGAUGACGAGUGUGUUAAGAAGUAUGACAAUGUGAAGGGUAUUGCACACAAUGUGUACUUCAUCGAACAUCAGCACCCACAUGAAUAUGAUGAAGAGACAAAAAGCUUUAUGAAUGAAUAUGAAGCUCAAUAUUUAAUAGGUCUCUGCAAAUACCUUUUUAAGCAAGGUUAUCAUGCGGAGCAAAUUACAAUAUUGACAACAUAUUCCGCCCAAAUGCAUUGCUUAAAGAAUAGGAUGCCAAAAUCACAGUUUGAAGGGGUGAGAGUUGUUUCUGUUGACAGCUAUCAAGGAGAAGAGAAUGAUAUUGUACUUUUGUCUCUUGUCCGCAGUGGAGAUGAAACGAAAAUUGGGUUCUUGAAAGAAAACAACAGGGUAUGUGUUGCACUCUCAAGGGCCAAGAAAGGACUGUAUGUUAUUGGAAAUUUCAAUCACAUCACUACAUACAGCCCACUGCUAAAGGACAUUGCAGCAAAUGCAUCUGCGAAAAGAUGCCUCGGCCCUGCUCUGCAGCUGUCGUGUCAAAAUCACCCUGGUGAUAUGGGAGUUGGAGUAUGUGAUCCAAGUGAUUUUGAAAGAGUCCCUGAAGGAGGCUGUACCAAACCAUGUCUUUUCCGACUUUUGUGUGGUCAUGUGUGUCCACGAAUGUGUCACGUGAUUGAUGCAGAGCACAAAUCCAUCCUCUGUUCAAAGCCAUGUAAACGACAAUGUCAGAAAUGUAAAAGUUACCACUGUGACCUCCCUUGUUACAAGCCGUGCAGACCCUGCCCUGUACUCGUGCAGAAAACCCUACCAAGGUGUGGACACGCUCAAAUGAUUCCUUGUGAAACGGACGAGGGGAACUUCCAAUGUCAGGAAACUUGUAGGGAGAGCCUACCAUGUGGCCAUGAAUGCCAGGGCAAAUGUGGACAGCCUCAUCCGCCAUGUACUAUACCAGUUGAAGUCUCCAAGCCAUGUGCUCAUACCAUAGCUGUUGCUUGCAGUGAUCGAGAUACAGCUGCCUGCAAUCAUGAGUGUGGUGAAAUUCUCAGCUGCGGUGAUCCAUGCAAGGGUAAGUGUGGUACAUGUCACCAAGGGCGUCUGCAUCAGCCUUGUCCUUCGGAAUGUAAACGAAUCCUCAUUUGUGGACACGAGUGUCAGUCGUCUUGCAGUAACUGCCCACCGUGUACCAGGAGGUGCGAGAACAGAUGCAACCACAGCAAAUGUCCCAGGAAAUGUGGAGAUCCUUGUGCUUCCUGUAAGGAGCAAUGCCAGUGGAAAUGUCGCCACUUCAAAUGCAGCAUGCCGUGUGGGGAUGAAUGUGACAGACCUCGAUGCAAUGAUUGGUGCAGGAAUAAACUACCAUGUGGUCAUUACUGCAUUGGCGUUUGUGGUGAACCAUGUCCAAAGCUGUGCCGAGAAUGUGACAAGGAGAAAAUGCCUGAUGUGUUCCUCGGAAGAGAAGAUGAGCCAAAGGCCAGAUUUAUUGAACUGGAAGACUGCAAACACAUUUUUGAAGUCAGAGAUUUGGAUUUGUUCAUGGACGGACCAUCUGAAGACGAGGACAAGACAUUAGUUAAACUGAAGGAAUGUCCUAGAUGUCUCACACCAAUCAGAAGGAAUCUCAGAUAUGGCAACGUCAUUAAGCAGGCACUGUCAUGUAUUGAGAAAGCAAAGAGGAAGGUUAUUGGCGAUAACAAGAAUGUGAAGGAGCUCAGAGACUCUAUUGACAGGAUGAAAAAUCGGCUUCGUCCAGAUGACUUGGGUCCUGUGAAUGACCUCUUAAAAUCUUUUUCGGUUCAUUCAGUGACUAUCCUGUCAACCCAAGAUCGACAGAUCCGUAUCGUUAAGCAAAUAUCCUGCAUUGAAAGGACAGUGAAGGAGAGUCUCGGAAAAUUCAAACAAGCUGGUAGUGAAACGUAUGGAACUUUAUUAAAGUGUCUGAAAGACUUCAAAGCUUGGGCCCUUCUUCCAAGGUCCUGUUUCAGCAAACAGGAGGUUCAGGAUGCACAGAGGGAACUUGAGCGCUUGAGUCUGCUGAAGUACCUUAUAGACGCAAGGGAAUGGAUAGAUCUUGAUAAGAAGGACGUUGCUGUACGGAUUAUGAGGAACUUGGUAGCGACGAUCAGGAGGCUCGAAUGUCCCGCAAAAAUAGAGGAUGGCAAAAUGGAGGAUGCAAAGAAAAUGAAGGAGGAUGUAAAGGAGUUUGUGCCAGGGUCAGGCAUCGGAGUGACGGAUGAGGAACGACUGAUGAUUGUAGAAGUUAUGGGACUCAACAGAGGACAAUGGUACAAGUGUAAGAGAGGUCAUGUCUAUGCUAUCGGUGAAUGUGGAAGAGCAUACGAGGAGGCCACGUGUCCCGAGUGUGGAGGAUCUAUAGGAGGGGCUGCUCAUAGACUAACAGAGGACAAUGCCUGGGCUCCUGAGAUGGACGAUGCAGAGGACCCGCCGUGGUCUGAGGAGAGAGACUAUAUGCUUGCUCUGCAGCUUCAGUUUGGUGGCCGCUGAUCGCGAUGUGCACGACAUACGACUGCACCUGCAUACACUGACGCCCCUGGCUGUUUGGAUACAGUGCUUUCUUGUUUCACAUUGACGUCAAUACCGACAUAAGACUCUCCGGUGUGUUGUGGAGAGAAAUCGAAACUGUCUUCAAGCAUUACUGUUAUUGCCAGUAUGUAAAUAUGGAUCAACAUUAUUACAGGAUAAUUAUCUUAUCCUGUAAUGAAACUAGUUUGUUUGACAAGUAGUCACCACAAUACCUUUACCAACCACUUGUAUUCGAUGCAUUUCAACUGUGAUGUUGAACAUCGAGGAAUGUAUUUUACAUGGCUUUUGGAAUUGUGUUAAAAUAAUUCAUUUUCAACUUUGUUGAGUUUUCUGAUAAGCCACUCGUCAUGUAUUUCAUUCAUUUUUUACAUAUAGCAUAGCAAGCUGUUAUUCUAGUUAGUGUUGCUUGUCUUCCCAAGAUUGUUUUGUUUUUAAUUUCAUGUGGCUUUUUCCAUUUUAUUGAUUGAUAUUUUCUUGCUAUAUUGAUAUAGCAGCAGUAGAUAAUAUUGCCAUGUCAAUUCUUCAAACGUUAUUAACUCAAGUUUUAUUAAUUUUGUGAAUAGCGGUUGAUAACGGUUGGUCAGGUCACGCUUACCCUUCUCCCCUUCACGAAAUGGAAUCUGUCUUUGAGGAUAGUCUGUGAAUUCUAUUGUACUCACUGUAUGUUUAUAUCUACAUGUAUUUUGUUUUGAUCACACGACUGUGUUAUUUGAUGAAUACUGUAUAUGUAAUAACCUUCUAUGGUUAACAAACAAAUGUUGCUUUAAGUAGGACUAGAUAAGUGUUGUGAACAGUUUUGAACAUCAGAAAAACCAAUAUUGAUAGGAUACAGACAACAUGUCUGACAAUCCUCCGUGCUAUCUAUGUCGUUGAGUCAGUUUUUUUAGAACGAUUCCCGUGACACCCAAAUGUUCAUACUGGCGAGUAUGUUAAUUUUUCAGUUGAUGAUUAUCUCCCUUUGUUCACUCAACACAUGAAACGGAUAUGUUCAAUGUGACUCUUUACUUUGAUAAUCAUGUUUUGGUAAAAUAAUUGGUUUGUGAGCGAGACACUCAUUAUUUUAAUUUUUAUAAUACAUUAGCCGUGUUGCCGUUUCAAUUAAGAUAUCUAUAAUGCAUUUUUUAUAACUUUUGUGGUUUUAUUGGUACACUUACCCAACUGACUUUUAUUCCCACAAUGCCUAACAGGGUCAGUAUUCUGAAUGUUGUGUGUGUAAAUAAGAAUUUGACAGUAUUAUUACAUUUUAAUUAUUCAUUGUCAGAUAGUAAAAAGAAAACAACAUUUUUGUAGUAUUCUGUGUUGUGCAACUUUAUUACUUUAUGGAGGAAGUAUAUAUGUUUGUUUUGUCCUCCUUUACAUGCAAUCAUUCUCCAAAUUUUCGGAAAUUUUAGCUCACCUGGCCGAUUUUUAGUAAGGAAAUAUCUCGAUUAGUUUUGAGGGCGGUAGGGUAGCCUAGUAGUAAGGCGUUCGCUCGUCACGCCGAAGACCCGUGUUCGAUUCUCCACAUGGGCACAAUGUGUGAUAAUGUCCCCCGCAGUGAUAUUGCUGGAAUAUUGCUAAAAACGACGUAAGACUAAACUCAUUUGAUAUUAAAAGACACUCGGGGUGUGUGUGUGUGGUGUGUGUCUGUGUGGGGGCGGGUGGUUCUCAAUAUGUUAAGAACAGUAGUGAUUCGGUACAUACAUUUUCACAAAAUACUUUCUAUGGUGACAAUCGGAAAGGAAACCCUUGAAUACACUUCGGAAUAUUAUGGUUUCUGAGGAGAAAAUGUUCAGGUGAGCUAAACGUCAGGUGAGAUUAUCUUUCUUGCUCAUAUUUCCUGAUAAAGGCACACACGUCAACUGGUGUAUACCUGUAAUUAUAUGUGGGCACACAUUUGUAAGAUCACCCUAAAAUAUGAAUAUUGUUGUCGAAGGUAUGGUCUUUUGUGAUGAUGACACUCCUCUUAUCUGGAACUCCGGAUAACUCGAUAUGGUCAGUAUGAUUUUGACUGAACGAGGUUGUAGAGUUCGAUUGGGUUCAAAACAUGUCCUAUUUACCAGCUCGUUUCUUAAGAGAGCGUUAGUUUGAUGUGAUGUAAAAUGCAUGCAUUAUUAAAUAUCAGUCAAAAUAAAGGUUUUUAACCAAA